CGGUGCCCAUGCCUCGGAAAACGGUACUGCUAGCUAGCUGUGCGUUAGCUUGUUUCUAUAAAGUUGCAGUAACACAAAUUAGUGUUUUUACAGCAACACACGAGGCUCUUAACGUUAAAUGAGAGAAAACAUUUGGCGUUUAUGAACAGAUAACUUUGAUUCUGAUUUUCAAAUAAGAAAAUUUAACAUUGAGUUGUAUGUUUUCGGCAAAAAAUAGAUAGUAAAAAUGUCUGUGUUUAUGGAUUUAAACAUCAUCGCCAUUGCUGACAAGGCAAAGCUGCAGAGCACAAUAGAGACAGCUGCUCACCUUGGCUACUCCACAGUUGCAAUAAAUUAUGUGGUGGAAGGGCAACAGAAGAAACAGCAAAUUCCUAAGCCGCAACCAGUGGCAGAGCUCUUUGAGAAAUUCCCAAUUGUACAGGGUAAAUCCAGGCCUAUUAAAGUGUUGAACCGUUUGACAGUGGUAGCCACAGAUGCUUCUCACUUUAGGUUGGCCAAUGCGUACAAAGACUUUGACAUUUUGGCUGUGUUUCCCAAAACAGAGAAGCUGUUCCAUGCAGCCUGCAUGACCUAUGAUGUGGACAUCAUCUGCAUAGCUGCGACUGAAAAGCAGCCUUUCCACUGCAAAAGAUCUCCAAUCAAUGGGGCUAUUGAGAGGGGAGUGCACUUUGAGAUAAGCUACACAGCAGCCAUCAGAGACUCCACCAUGAAGAAAUACACCAUCGCAAAUGCCAUCAAUUUGAUGUCCGUAUGCAAGGGCAAGAAUGUGAUUGUGGCCAGUGGAGCAGAGGCACCCCUGGAAUUGCGUGGCCCAUACGACAUUGCCAAUCUGGGGCUAGUGUUUGGCCUCUCGGAGGGGGACGCUAAAGCUGCUGUCUCAACUAACUGCCGAUCGGUCGUACUGCAUGGAGAAACCCGGGCAACAGCGUUAGGUAUCAUUCACACCAUGAAGAGACCCCAGCCGCCCAGUGAGCAGCCAGAAGAAGAAACUCCAGCUGCCAAAAAGGCCAAAACUGAAACAGAUUAGUUCAGACACGAAGUAGGAGCAGGUUUUUUUUUUUUUUAUUCACAUUGUUCAACUAGUCAACUUUUUUUCUUUUUUUAUGCAUAUCUUAAAGCUCCAGAACCUGAUUUUCUGUAUUUUUUUAACUUAUUGGUAUAAAACAUAAAACAUCAAAGUACCAGUUAAAAGGGUAUCAAACAAAACAGAAUAUUGAAAAUAAUGUUUAUUCAGAAAAAAUAACAAGCAACAAUGAGAUUAUUUGAAAACAAGAAACAAAUAAAAACAAGAAACAAUGCAAGUCUCCUUAAGUGCAUUCAGCAUGUCAGUAAAUACAGAUUAGCGUUGAAAAAUGUAUCAGAUACACUGACAUUAUCAAACAUAGCACACAACUUGAGGCCAAGUUCUGGUUCUUCAAGAAAUGUACUUCUAAAUGUCAGCAUGUAGUCGCAUGCUGCCAAAAAAAUAAAUAAAUAAAUAUAGUAACUGAACCUCAAA